AGGAGCUGUCGCACAGGCGACGGCUGCAGACACGGUCGGAGCAGAACCCGCCGCUUCCGACGCCGCUCCUCCUGGAGCGCCGCCUCCCGGAGCAGGUGAACAGGUACACUAGAGACUGAUUAGAAUACUGACUGUUACAGCUUGCUAAUAUAGCCAUCAUCUUUGAUGUUUAGGCAUGUACUAAAGGUAAUUGACUUCCAUAGCCAUCUGCUUUGUUUGGACCUACACAAUCUUAUCUAUCUCAACCUUCAGAAUGAGCAGGAAGCAAAACGGGAGAUCCUAGAGCAUGACCUUUGCCGAGACGCCUCUAUAUUCGUGAAGUCGGUGGUGCCGAUUUGGGGUCCAGAACAAGAGAAGUUAGCUAUUUGGCUUCCCGAUGACCAGCAGAAAAUUCAAUCUGACGAGACGGAGGACAAUUAAGGCAGUAGUACUGUUUUUUUUUGCAUGGGGCGAAUGGCCCUACUCACUUAAUGAUCUGAGCCCAAAGAAGACACAGAGCAGACAGAAUUCAUUUGAAUAGAGAUUGUAGCUGUACUUAGUUCUGUCAUCCUUUGGUUGAGUCAACUUGGCUGCAACAUCUCGGUAAAUUUACAAUAAUCAAGAACGGUCUCUUUUCUAUCUUUCUCUGGUCUUUCUUUUUUCUAGGUAGGUCUGCUCCACCACAAUAAUCAAGAAGGAGAUGUUCCACGAAAGUGCUCCACUUGAACGAACUAGAAAAAAAAAAACAAAAAAAAAAGAGAAUGAUGCAAGAACCAAGAAAUAAAUUAUAUUGGACACCUCUUCUAAGAGACGAAAAAAAAGAAGCAGCUUAGAAGGACCUUCCAGAGGAACGACGAGGACCA